AUGAAAUAGCCCAGGCAGGAAUGACAUUCCGCUAUAAAUUCAUUGUUCAGCCUCUUCUCAUCUUCAGAGUACACUCUCAAUUCUCCGCGUUCGCAUUGGGGCACUCGGAUUGGGGAUACAAACAAACGCCAAGGACAGCUGUGUGAGGCGGCGUGUUAGAGGGCUGAGAAUAGACGCAGCACUUGACUCGAUGCUUUGAUUCUUUUUGCACGAGUUCGCAGAGAGGGAGAGAGAGAGAACAGGACUUGUUUGUUGCUGCUGCUGUUUAAGUGGAAACUUUGUGUUUUGUUUGAAAAAGUUCACUGCAUUACCGAUCAGCCUUAUUUUUUUUCUCUCUCGUCUUUUUAUACUUUUCUGGGAGAAUAUAAGCAGUAAAAGGCAAUGUGCUAGACAAUUGGUCACGGUCCUUCCUUUUUAAGUUGUUAUGAAGAUUUUUAAGUUAUUACUUUUACAUUGAAAACUUUUUGUGUGCUCAGAGUAUAAUGCAAUACAUUUAUUUUAUGUUUUUGGCUAAAGACAAAAACAUGGUGCUAUUAAAAUUGUUUUUGCUGUGCACUUUGGAGUUACACCUGGGCACCUCUCUUCCUAACACCAAUCUCACUCCUGGCACUGACUUACCACCAGCUGCCAGUAGGCUGCUGACAUCUCGUAAGACACACUAUCCCAGGAGCAAAAAUGGGAUCGUUCAAAACAUUGACCAGAUCUACUCGGGUGAUGGCAAGAUUGGUUACAUCCUCUAUGCAGAUGGUAAGAAAUUCCUUUUGGAUAUGGAAAGGGACGAGUCCAUUCUUUCUCACCACUUCAGCACCAAGUAUGUAGGAGCGCUCCAAGGGGAUGCGCACCUGGGGGCCCUGCACAAGGAGUGCUUCUACCGGGGCACUGUAGACUCCAACCCUGAAUCUCUGGCUUUGUUCAACCUCUGCGGGGGAGUAGAGGGCUUUUUUGCGGUGAAGCAUGCCCGCUAUACGAUAAAGCCACUGAUCAGGGCUAACGGACGAGAGAAUGAGGUGUAUGGUGCAGAGGGGGAUUUGGACCGCGGUUUGCAUUACUACACUCGGGAGAGGUUUCGUUUCGAGGCUGUGCCGAUGCGAGAGAGCUGCGGGACUCCGGGUGGCAAGGGAAAACGACGGAGUGUUUUGGGAAAAAUCACGGGUCCCUUCAAGAAGGACAGCCAGGAGAGGUGGUGGUGGGGCUCCAGGGAGGCUAAUUCUGCCUCAGGGAGACGACCCCGUCGGUCUGUUUCAAGAGCGAGGCAUGUAGAACUCCUGCUGGUGGCCGACGAGUCCAUGUCCAAGAAGUAUGGCAAGGACCUGCAACACUACCUCCUAACACUGGCUUCCAUUGCCUCCAGGCUCUAUGGGCACGCCAGCAUAGAGAACCCUAUCCAGCUGGCAGUGGUGAAAGUGGUGGUUGUCACUGAUAAGGAAAAGGGUCUGGAGAUCAGCAAGAACGCAGCUUCCACCCUCAAGAGCUUUUGCAAGUGGCAAAACCAGCAGAACCAACUGGAUGACGACCACGAAGAGCACUAUGAUGCUGCCAUUCUGUUCACCAGGCAGGACCUGUGCGGACACCACUCCUGUGACACGCUGGGCAUGGCAGACCUGGGCACCAUCUGCUCCCCCGAGAGGAGCUGUGCUGUCAUUGAGGACGACGGCCUGCACGCUGCCUUUACCGUGGCACACGAGAUUGGUCAUCUCCUAGGGCUGUCCCACGACGACUCCAAGUACUGCGAGGAGAACUUUGGAACCAUGGAGGACAAGCGUCUCAUGUCAUCCAUCCUGACCAGCAUCAACGCCUCCAAACCCUGGAGCAAGUGCACCUCCAGCACCAUCACAGACUUCUUUGACGAUGGGCACGGCGAGUGUCUACUGGAUCCCCCACGACGCCCUCUACUGGGCCCGGAGGAGCUGCCUGGUCAGAGCUAUGAUGCAAUCCGGCAAUGCAAGCUGGCGUUCGGACCCGAGUACACGGUGUGCCCCGGCAUGGACGUGUGUGCACGGCUGUGGUGUGCGGUGAUUCGGCAGGGACAGAUGGUCUGCCUCACCAAGAAGCUGCCCGGCGUGGAGGGGACGCCCUGUGGCAAGGGACGCAUCUGUCUCCAUGGCAAGUGCGUGGACAAGACCAGGAAGAAGUACUACUCUGCCUCGAACCAUGGUAGCUGGAGUUCCUGGGGGUCGUGGGGGCAGUGUUCUCGAACCUGUGGAGGGGGUGUGCAGUUUGCUCGGCGGCAAUGCAACAACCCAGCCCCACGCAACAACGGCAGAUACUGCACCGGUAAACGAGCCAUCUACCGCUCCUGCAAUGAAGGGCCCUGCCCCGCAAACAGUAAAAGUUUCCGGCUUGAGCAGUGUGAGGCGCGGAACGGGUACCAGACUGACCCCAAGGGAGUGAAGACUUUUGUUGAGUGGGUCCCCAAAUACGCUGGCGUCCUGCCAGGAGACAUGUGCAAGCUGACCUGUCGCGCCAAGGGCACCGGUUACUACGUUGUCUUCUCUCAGAAGGUGACUGAUGGGACAGAGUGCCGGCCCUACAGCAACUCGGUGUGUGUGAGAGGGAAGUGUGUCCGGACAGGCUGUGACGGGAUCAUCGGCUCCAAGCUGCACUUCGAUAAGUGUGGAAUCUGCGGGGGAGACAACUCUGGGUGCAUCAAGGUCGUUGGCAACUUCACUAAGAAAAGUAAGGGAUACACGGAUGUGGUGACGAUCCCAGAGGGUUCUACGCACAUCAAGAUCCGUCAGUUCAAGCCCAAAGACCAGCCACGUUACACCGCCUACCUGGCACUCAGGAAGAAGAGCGGCGACUACCUGGUGAACGGCAAAUUCAUGAUCUCCACCUCAGAAAGCAUCAUCGACCUCAAUGGCACGAUCAUGAACUACAGUGGAUGGAGCCAGCGUGACGAUUUCCUGCACAGCAUGGGCCCGGGCUCACUGCGGGAGGUCAUCAUUGUGCAGAUCCUGGCCACCGACGCGCGCCAGGCCCUCGACGUACGCUACAGCUUCUUCAUGCCCAAGAAACUGGCCCUGCCAGCGUCCGCGACUCCCCAGGGCAAGGGACACAAGGCACUGGCGCCACCACAAACCCCACAGUGGGUGACAGGGCCCUGGCUGGCCUGCUCUCGGACCUGCGACACAGGCUGGCAGACACGGACUGUGCAGUGCCAAGACAGGCCCAACAAACUGGCCAAGGGGUGCCAGCUGAAGCAGAGACCCUCUGCCUUUAAACAGUGUCUGCUAAAAAAGUGUUGAAGCCUGUGGUUCCGAACUCUAUUUGUGUAUCAUAUUAUUGUUGUUAAUAUUAUUGUUAUUAUUUCUAUUAUUACUGUCUGUUUUUUUGUUGUUGUUUUGUUUUUUUAACAAUGUGAGGGCUGUGACAGGGUGAUCAGACAGGAGUUCUGGAGUGCAGCAAAGCCUCACUGAUUCCAAACAGUAGUAGGCCUUGGUUUGAGUUUUUUGGGGAUUCAGCUGUGUUACAGCAUUGGCCACAGAAAACAUACUGGAUCAGUUGCAGCGUACCAGUGCGCUUCAAGCGGACUAACUUCAGGACUAGAAAACCCCAAUGAACUGAGCAAAAUGUGUCCCAAUUGCAGCGUACGAUUAAUUAGUUUAAAUGAUCUGAUCAAGUGGACUAAGUUAGACUGAUCAUGGGAACCAACCCUGAGACCAGUAUAUUGAAAAUAAAAAACAGAAUCUUAGACUAUUUAAAGAA